AUGCGGAAGUCAUAUCAGGGCAGAUCUUCCAAGGGGCUGGAGGAGAUAACUGCUUUCUAUGGGACAACCCUCUGGGUAACACCAUCUGGUGUCUCCUUGCAGGCAUCAGAAGUGGAGCGGCAGCUCUCCCUGCAGGUCCACACCCUCAGGGAGGACUUUCGGGAGAAGAAUUCCUCCAGCAGUCAACAUAUCGUGCGGCUCGAAAGCCUCCAAGCUGAGCAGGUACUUGAAAUCAAGAUGCUGACGGACAGAAAGCGGGAGCUGGAGCAUCGCCUUAGUGCCAUGAUGGAGGAGAAUGACCUGCUCCAGGGAACCGUGGAGGAGUUGCAGGACCGAGUCCUCAUCCUGGAGAGACAAAGCCAUGACAAGGACCUGCAGCUGCACCAAAGCCAGCUGGAGCUCCAGGAGGUGCGCCUGUCCUACCGGCAGCUGCAGGGCAAGGUAGAGGAGCUCAGUGAGGAGAGAAGUCUCCAAAAUUUCAAUACAACCAGCACAUCCCUGCUAUCUGAGAUAGAGCAGAGCAUGGAGGCAGAGGAGCUGGAACAAGAACGAGAACAGCUGAGGCUGCAGCUCUGGGAAGCAUAUUGCCAAGUGCGAUAUCUUUGCUCCCAUCUCAGAGGAAACGACAGUGCAGACUCAGCAGUCUCUACAGACUCCUCCAUGGAUGAGUCUUCAGAAACAUCAUCAGCCAAAGAUGUCCCAGCAGGCAGCCUACGGGCAGCUCUCAGCGAGCUGAAAAGACUGAUACAAAAUGUGCUGGAUGGGGCAGACUCCACGAGCUCUCGACGAAGCGACGAUGAUACCUUAGAGGAACAGAUCAGGAGAACAAGCGAGGAUUCACGAGCCCUGAGGGAACUAAUGGAGGGAGAACGGGGGAAACUGAGGCAGAGUUUGGAGGAACUGCAGCGACUGCACAGCCAGGUCACGCUACUGAGUGUGGAAAUGACAACACUGAAGGAGGAACGGGACCGGCUGCGAGGUGCUGCUGAAGACAAGGAAACAAGUGAACGGCUCCUGCAGGCCAUCAGGGACCGGGAUGAGGCCAUUGCCAAGAAGAAUGCGGUGGAGGUGGAGCUGGCCAAGUGCAAGAUCGACAUGAUGUCCCUCAACAGCCAGCUGCUGGAUGCCAUCCAACAGAAGGUGAACCUCUCACAGCAGCUGGAGGCCUGGCAGGAUGACAUGCACAGGGUCAUUGACCAGCAGCUGAUGGACAAACACCCGAAGGAAUGGAGCCAGCUUGCUUAUUCCUUCUCCAGUGGCUCUGGCACAAAGCGGAGUGCCAGGCCCUCCCCCGUGUUCAGGCCGGAGCAGCAGGGGGACGAGCCCACUGCGGCAGAAGGGAACCGUCUCUUUUCCUUUUUCAAGAAAAAUUAA